CUUCUCAAACACUCCUUCUAGUGCGUAGAGGGACCCAUCGAAGUGAUUAGCGCUGCAUGAGUGCGAAGGUGACGGUGAUCCUCUUACGCGCGCGGGUUUAUGCUUGGAUGCGGGCAGGCACAUUGUGGACCCGCUAUAACUCGACUACGCCGCUUCGUCUCGCCCCAAACUGCUCACCACCAUGACCACGAACUUUGACUUCCCAAAUCUACGACCACUGUCACGAAACUCUCUAGUAUUCUUGUAUCAUACUGCCGAACUGCACAAUCCCCGACAGCAUGUCCUCGCUUAUCGAUCUGCCCGCAGAGUUGCUCGAACAGAUCUUAUCACCACUGUUAAUCCAGGAUUUUUCCAGAUUGAACCGUACAUGCAGGGUUCUGCAUGCGUUCCUUUCGCCUCGGGUUUACUAUACAAUUGACUGGUUUUGGGAAGAUGACCAGCCUUGUCCGCCAUUAGAUCUCCUACUGCGUACACUGGUCAACAAUGCUUGGUUGGCUAGCCACAUCAGGGUGCUGAAGCUGCGUGGCAAUGCUAUUGCCAAUGACGGAAGGUGGGAACACAGCUUCAGUAGGGAUGACUGCUUAGCAUCGUGCGCUGUUGAACGCACCCGUAGCAUAUGGGCAAAAGGCCAGCGACCGAAGCCCUCUUUCUUGCCCACUGAUAUGCGGACGAUCAAGAAUCUAAUCUCAGCGAUAGACUCUUUCCACGCGCACCAAUGGAAUGUGGAGUUUGAUAGAGGGAAUAUCGACGUCAUCGUCGCCCUAGUUCUGAUGCAAAGCCAAUGCAUCGAACAGCUAGACCUUGGAAUUGGAUUCAUACAGCAUGCGAAGUUCACCCCCAAAGUUUUUCGGCAUCAAAUAACGACUCUCAAGAUGGCCAGACCGUAUAAGAACCUUCAUACCGUUAGCCUAGGCCUUGAUGGUCCGUCCACUCCCAGAGGUGUUUGGUCUAACCUCGAUCUUUUUCGAAUAUUCUUCUUUCUACCGAGUGUAGUGUCUGUUAACACUAUUCUUACUGAGCCGGUUGUCUUCGCAUGGCCAUUACCAACCGCUACACCUUGAUCUACUCCAUUAACGACAUUAAUCUUACGGAAGUGUACAGCCUUCGAAGACACGCUUGCA